AUGGCAAUUAAGUUGGCAACUCUUCUGGCCAUUGGCCUGGCUCUGUUGGCCCUCAGCGAAGCCCGUCAUGUUCCUGGACACCGGCGCCAGCACUUUGGACAGCGUGCCCUCAUCGCCAAGCCCCAUGCCGGUCCCCAGGGACGCGUCUUCCCCGGAGCGGUGGCCAUCAAGAAGCUGGUCCUGCUGAAGUUCAAGAAGAUCGUACCCAUCUCCCUGAUCCUGCUGAAGUCGAGCAACGAGAACGAGGCCGAGCUGGUGCCCGUCUAUCCCACCGAUCAGAUUCCCGAGAAUGUCCAGUUUAUUCCCACGCCCAACGGCAUCUCUGGCCACAAGGACGUCCAGGCCAUUGCCAUUCCCAGCGAGCUCCAUGACCAGCUCCAGAUCAACGGUCUGUCCAACCUGGAGAACAUCGAGGCCCUACUCCAGAGCAGCUCCAUUUCCUCGGCCGACCACGAGGGCGAUGCUCCCGUUGGCAACAGUAUUGCCGUGGCCCAGCCCGAGGAUCUGGUCCUGGACCAGCCCGAGAACGAUGAGGAUCAGCUGCUGGAGGGCGUUGCCUCCGCCAGCCCAGUGGCAGCAUCAACUCCGGUCGCCGCCCCAGCCCUGCGUCGUCUCUCCGCCGACGAGCUGCUCCGCUCCGGAGUGCGAAACUCCGCCCAGCAGCAGCAGACCAGCGUGGAGGAGAUCCCCCUGCUGCUGUACUCCGCCAACGAUGGCUCCGUGUCGGUGUCCGGCUCCGGCUCGGGUAUCUCCGGCCGUCGCUUUGUGGCCGCCACCCCGGCCCUGCGUCGUCGCCAACAGCAGUACUUCAACUGA